AUGGAGUCACGGUCACAUCUCAGCAUGGCCGAGCUCAACGCCGCCGCCCUCGACCACUUCGUAUACCAGCCCGUCAGCAAGUCUAUGAUCUCGUACUUGGCCGGCGCCGCCUACAAUGUCAUCUCAUGUGACAGUGCUCUGAUGCCUCCCGCAUCCGCAGAGGCCCAACGUCAACAGCAGCUUCCCCCGACGCCACCCAGGACACCCGAGCCCCGCGCCGUUCGCAACGAGGACGCCGACUUGCCUACUCUCGAGGCCUUCAUCACACAACUCGUUGUUUCCUCCAACGUCCAAGUUCCUACUCUGAUGUCUACCCUGGUCUACCUCACCAGACUCAAGUCCCGCCUUCAGCCCAUGGCCCGCGGUCUGCGAUGCACAACACACCGCAUCUUCCUUGCCGCACUCAUCCUUACUGCCAAGUACCUCAACGACAGCUCACCCAAGAACAAGCACUGGGCCACAUACAGCCACGUCAACAACGACUUCUCCAACUUUGGCUUCAGCAGAACGGAGGUCAACUUGAUGGAGAAACAGCUUCUCUUCCUUCUCGAUUGGGAGCUCAGGAUCUCCGAGGAGGACCUCUACCGCGAGCUUGAUCCCUUCCUGGCUCCCAUCCGCGCCGAGAUCGAGGCCAAGCACGCCCGCCGCAUCGCUCGCCGCCGCAAGCAAGAGGAGGAGAUGCGCCGCAGACAUGAAGAGAUGUACAGCGUCCCUGCGUACCCCAGCCCCCCAUCAUCGCGCGCGAGCUCCCGCUCCCGCUUGGAGUCGCCUGACCACGCCCGCACCUACAGCGGCUCUUCCAGAACUCCUCCCGGCCUGUGCUACAGCAGCAGCUAUGGCAGCUCCGUCAGCUCCUACGCUCCUUCAGUGGCAUCGAGCCGGUCUCAAUCGCGUGCCACGACGCCUCUCGACAACCCUGCCGACGAGCCGUACAUGUACGUUCCCAACGGUAGCUUGUACGAGUCGCCAGUGGAGGUGCACAUUGAGCAGCCUGCAUCAACGCUUCCGAAGCGCAAGCCUCUUCUGCCCUACGAAAUCAGCACCGAGGAGCUCCGCGACAUGCAAGAUGGCACAAAGGCCAAGAGAGCCCGCAUGGGCCGCGGGAUGUGGGGCCGCGUCUUCGGCGGCGCCGUGACUGUGCGGUAA